AACACAUUUCCUGUUCAUGAUAUGAAAUGUGUCCGGACUGCUAGUUGUGAGAGCUUGAAAGCUCGUGACAUCUUCAGAAAUAGCAAAGGAUGGCAUCUGCUCCUCCUCCAUCGCCACACAACCGGAGCAGGAGUGAAGAUGAGGAAGAUCCAGUGGACACGAUGAUCUCCAAGACGGGCUGUGCUGAGCUGCACUACACACUGCUGGACUGUAUGGCUGAGCACCAGGACUGGAGAAAGUGUCAGACUGAGGUUCAGAAGUUUAAGGAGUGCAUGAGCGCCUACCAGAACACUCGCAAAGAGCAGCUGCUGAAGCAAAAGACUUCAGCCACAGAGUCUGUCUAAUGCACAGGCCUCAGAGUCAGUGUUGUGUAUUGCUGUAAUACAAUGUACAUCUCAAUUUCAUAACAAAAUGAAGUGUCAGCAAUUUCUCUCACAAAAUAACUUAUAACUUUUGUUUGUUGUCAAUAAACAAAUGGCUUUUGUUUUCA